AGGCCGUGCUGGGGACGCCAGAGGCCGGGUGCUUCCUGCAGGAGUCAGGAAAGAGGAGAGUCGGUCCCCGCUGGAAGGAGGAGAAGGUGAAGGCUAGGCUCGGGCAUGGCGGCGCUGAAGUACGCGGGGCUGGACGACACGGACAGCGAGGAGGAGCUCCCGCCUGGCUGGGAGGAGAGGACCACCAAGGACGGCUGGGUCUACUACGCCAAUCACCUGGAAGAGAGGACUCAGUGGGACCAUCCCAAAUCGGGGAAACGGAAGCGUGUUGCAGGAGAUCUGCCAUAUGGGUGGGAGCAAGAGACCGAUGAAAAUGGACAAGUCUACUUUGUUGACCACAUAAACAAAAGGACAACAUAUCUUGAUCCAAGAUUGGCGUUUACAGUGGAAGAUAAUCCAAUGAAGCCCAGUGCCAGGCAGAAGUAUGAUGGAAACACUACUGCGAUGGAAAUACUUCAGGGUCGUGAUAUGAGUGGCAAAGUGAUUAUAGUCACCGGAGCCAAUUCAGGAAUAGGCUUCGAGACGGCAAAGUCCUUUGCACUCCACGGUGCACAUGUUAUCCUCGCCUGCCGAAAUAUGUCGAGAGCAAAUGAUGCUGUGCAACGCAUCUUGGAAGAAUGGCACAAAGCCAAGGUAGAAGCAAUGACCUUAGACCUUGCAUCUCUUCAGAGCGUACAGAAGUUUGCUGAAGCGUUCAAAGCCAAGAAUGUGUCUCUUCAUGUGUUGAUCUGCAAUGCUGCCAUUUUUGCUGUCCCUUGGCAACUGACUGAAGAUGGUCUGGAGUCCACCUUUCAAGUUAAUCAUCUGGGACACUUUUAUCUCAUUCAGCUCCUCCAAGAUGUUCUCCGCCGCUCUGCUCCUGCAAGAGUUGUGAUGGUUUCCUCCGAAUCACACAGGUUCACAGACAUUAAAGAAAGUUCGGGAAAACUUGACUUCAGCCUGCUUUCUCCCUCUAAGAAUGAAUACUGGGCUAUGCUGGCCUACAAUCGGUCUAAACUUUGCAACGUCCUUGUAUCCAAUGAGCUCAACCGCCGCCUUUCUCCCAAUGGAGUGACAUCGAAUGCAGUGCAUCCCGGAAAUAUGAUGUACUCAUCCCUUCAUCGCAACUGGUGGGUCUAUACCCUGCUGUUUACUUUGGCUCGGCCUUUCACCAAAUCAAUGCAAAAGGGAGCCGCUACGACCAUCUACUGUGCUACUGCCCCAGAACUGGAAGGCCUGGGAGGGAUGUAUUUCAACAACUGCUGCCGUUGCCUGCCAUCGCAAGAGGCACAGAACGAAGCGGCGGCGGCAGCCUUGUGGGAGCUAAGUGAGAAGCUGAUCCAAGACCGCGUUGGCGGGCAGGCCAAGUAGCUGGGAGCUCCUGGGAAGGGCAAGCACACCAUCAGGCAAAGAGAGAGCUGUGCUGGAACCUUUACAGGCCUAUCGUCCAGAUCAGGGGUUCCCAACCUCGGCUCCCCUGAUGUUGCUGGACUACAGAGCCCAUCAUCCCUAGCCACAAUGGCUGCAGAAGAUGGAGGUUGUAGCCCAACAGUAUCUGGAGCCCCAAGCUCGAGAACUCCUGAUCUAGAAGGCUAGAGCUACAAAUCAGCCCCUGUUAAAUGAAAUGCUAGCAGUUGUGGGAAUUGGGGAACUGGGUAAGAGUAACAGACAAUAUAAUUUUGCCAGGCUUAACCAUCUUAAUUCUUGGAGACACUCUGAACUAACAGCACAAGCUUUUCUGACGUUGUUUCUGCAGGUGGUAGGCACACACUCUAUAUUUUCCACACAGAAAGGUUCGCACCUUAAAAAACAUAAAGCAUGGCUUCGCUAAGCUUAUGCAUCAUACAGGUACAUCUCCCCAGGGAAGAUGUGUUCUCUGUCAUGGGUACACUUGGUGGCAGGACCAGGGUUUGCUUCUGGGUGAUGGGUGAAAUGGACCUUAGAGAGGCAUUUGGUUUUCCCAUCCAUUUGAAAAACGGCUCAAAAUAUGAGGCCCAGCUACCCCUGGGGAGUUCAGUUGCUAUUAGGGCUUCACCUCUGAGGAGAGUAUCCCGUUGCCAGUUAUGCUGAUUGCUGUUAAUAUUUUGGGUUGUGACAAAAACAACCCAAAAUCUUACAUAAAAAUAAAAGAUCAGGACGCCCCCUUGACUGCAAAUAAAACUACCUUGUCAAAAAGAGAAGGUGGCCAAAAUCCAGGUUGCUCUCCUUCUAACGAAACAUAUUGCAGGAUAUCCUUAAAGUAUGAUAGUAAAAGGUACGUUUGCAAACCAUUCUCUAAAUAGUGUGGGGUAAUGUUGUCUCUUUACAAACAGACAGGGUGGGAUUAAUCAGGAGGGUGGAAGGCUUUCCAUCCGGCUCUUGGAGGACAGUUCUAAGGAGGGCUGGAUUCUACCAAAGGUCACCAGUGUUCCAGCUCUCCUGGCACUGAGUUCUGUACAUUUCUCUCUCUCUCAAUUUUAAACGUAGUAAAAGAACAUGCUUGAGUAUUGUCACCUGAAGAGCAAGUCUAUCUUGUUCCUGUGAACGCCUUACAGUAGUUCCUUUUGUGUGUUUAUUUUUAAGAAAAGAAAACUUGAGGAAAAAUAAAGAACUCUUCAAUGCCAUGAAAACGCCAUAUUUGUUCUUGUUUCAUUCUGAGUUUUGUUUAUCUGUGGAGAUUUUGUUUUUUUGUGCUUCAUAGCUGUCUUCAUGCCAGGAAAUUAUUGUAAGCCAGCCUCCGUCCAGCAUCCUGUUUUCUGUCAACAAAGAAACAAAUAAAGAUGGUUACUUGCAACUCCCAA